GUGAGGGAAGACAGCUUUGCCCUAGAAACGCUCCUUCCUACAGGGAGGUUCCCAAGGGCUGGCUCCCUCGGGGCUGAUGUGCGGCUUUCACGCCUCUCUGCUGAAGCUCCAGAUUUGAGGACCUUAACACAUUGAAGAACAGUAUGUCUGACAACCAGCAAAAUAAGAACAGAAGCAAAGAAGGUUGUAGAAUUUUUGUGGCUCUUCAAAAGGUAGAUAAAAUUAUGAAAAAAAUGCAUCAACCAUACAAAGCACUGGAAAAGAACAAUCAAAUAACACCAAUGUCCACACUGUGGCCAGAAAAACAAGUGACCAAUGAAAAGGAGUUAGCAUUGCAGAUGCGACAGCGCACAUUACCCUUUUUCCUGAAGAAAGAAGAGAAACUAAGACAUGGCUUUGACUUCAGUUUUCUGCUACAGGCUUCGUAUCCAGAACACACCAUUUUAGAAUCACAUAUGGAUUUAUAUGCAUUUCAGACAAUACAAGCACAAAUACAACCAAGGUUAAAUUUAACAGCGCUAAAAAACAGAAGUAGGAGAACUGAGUUUCAUCUGCCACCAGUGGAUUUUCCACCAGUAAGGACAAUGCAUCUUGUUCCUCUAGAAGGCUUCAACAACAGAAAUAUUUUGAAUAUUGUGCAUUCUAUUCCUCUGCCUAUAAAUGCAACUCCUAAAUUUUAUCAGUAUCAGUUACAUAAUCUAUUGCACAAUCAAAAGUCAUCAGACCUAACCAGCGUUAGUAUUGCUGAUAACUUUACCCCAAGAAAUUCCUUUGACAUGGGCAACUGUUGUGAAUAUCCUCAAGACAAGAAAGAAAAAUAUGGAAAAAAAAUAAAAUUGAAGCAAGUUGAUAUAACCACUAAUACUGAAAAGAAUGACCUGGUGAGAUACCAGCUUUCAGUUACUUGUAAGAACAUAGAUAUUGUGACACAAGACAAGUUUGGAGAUGAUAAUUACCCCUACUUGACAUUGGGUGACACUCAGAUAAACUGUGAAGUAUUUACAGCCUGUAUAUAUCCUGUAUCAAACAAUGCAGACACCUUAAGAGAUGGGAAUAAUGAAAAACUCAUAGAGGGCUCACUUAGAUCUGGUGUAAAAGGAGAUACGACACGUAUAAUACUGGAUUCCAGGCCAGAUGGAGAUUCUGAGAGCAUGAACUUUGUGCUUGACAGUCAUGAUUUCGAUUAUUCCUAUACAAAUGCAGGGACAGAUGCUUGUCAUGUUUUAGAAAAUCAGUCUGUAACUGAAAUAAUUCCCAGAGUAGAGGUGCAAAAUCCCCCUGGAAAACAAACAGAAAAUAUCAUUUGUCUCUUAGAAACAGAAAAAGAAAAAAAUUCAGAAGUAACUUCAGCAAAAGACAGAGGUAAACAUGUACCUCUUGUCCAUGUUACACUUGCUGAACAAGAACCAGCAAGGGCCCCUCACAUUGCUAAACAACCUCCCCCAAAAAGGAGUGUCAUCCGAAGUCUGCCUCCUCAUGCUAGCCAGAGCUUCAACAUUCUUGCUCGCCAAGAACACGACAGAAGUAAAAUAAAGAUAAAUAGAAAUAAAUAUUCAUCUAAGUCUAAACCAAGGAGCAACAUAUCCGAACACUUAAUUGUUUCUGAUGAGAGUUCCACCAAAUGUAGCACAUCCAAGGUGAGUGUCAAGGGUCAGAUCUUGCCAUCUUUAGAACAGCCACACAUGGAAUCUGGGACUUCUCUGAAGUGUCAAAAAAAGCUCCCUCCAGUAGACAAAUACCAUGCAGCCCAGAGAGCACAGAAGUCUGCAAAGCAAGGUUUCCCCUGCAGCUGCAGAAAUGCAGUUAUUUUAAAGAAAUCUGCCAUUCCUCUUUCUCUACCACGUGCACAAUCUGUUUCAGGUUUUGUAGAUCUGAAAUACAGUGAUAUGUUCAGGAAAAUAAAUUCAAAUGACAAAGGCCCGGGAAUUUAUGAGAUGUUUGGAACUCCUGUCUAUGCCCAUGUGCGUGAACUUGAUCAACAUGAGAACACAUUUGGUAGAGAUGUUUGUUCUGCUCCACCUAGGAGAUGCACUGCUAACACCUGCAAAUCUACCUGCAGUAAAGGUAGAGAGAGCAGCCGUGUAAGAAAUGCUCAAAAGGCAACGUAUUCUAAGCCAAAAAAGACCAUUCCUGACUCUAAAAGAAAGCAGAAAGGCUUAAUUCCAAAAGGCCAAAAAAUGGAGCUGGGUGAUAGCAACAUGACACAUGAGAGUGUAUUGAUUUCUAGUCCACAUUGUCCAAUAGAGAUUUCAGAGAGCAUAGCACCAUCUCAUGAGGACAAAACCCUUCAACCUCCAAUUUUAGAGGAGCUUUCUCAAUCAUCUGAAGAAAAUAAAUGUUUUUCAAAUUCAAACUUACCAACUAUUAAAGAAGUCUCUUUGGAGCAGUCUCUAGACAUUCAGGAUGUAUCCGUCAGUCAAAUAUUUGCUACCUGUAGUCAGAAUCUUCCUCGGUCUGAUGAUGAAGACUCAGAAGUUGUUGCUGUGAAUAAUUUAUCAACAACAGAGCAGAACUUGUGUGUCCCCCAGUGCAGAGUGGAUAUAGAUAGCUGCAGAGGCCUGGAAUCAAAGCAGUCCUCCUGCAAGACUAUAAAUAAAUGUGAAGCAUUGCCCUUUUCAAAGAGACCAGAGCAUCAAUCCCCCUUAAAUCAAAGUUGGAGCCACACACCUCAAAACAGCAAUUUGCCAGAUGAAUUGAAGCAGUCGUCAGUGAUUCAGACAACAAAUGUUGCAAGCCCCGUUUUCCAGACAAGUCAAAACAUUCCCUGCUGGGCAAAUAAUAAGGACCUGACCGAUGACUUGUUUUAUUGUCUGGCAGCAGAAUUACUAGUGCUUGAUGAAAAAGACAUCAGCUCUUCAAAAGAAAAAAAUACAGGUCCAAAAGUGCAAAAUACACAUCCUAAAGAACAAGGAAGCCGGGUGAAUGGAGAUAAAGAGACUGUAAACUGUGCUCUAGAGAAGCAGAAUUACAGUGAAGUCUUUUUGGCAUCAAAUGAAGAAAGUGGUCUGCUAAACUUUGAAGAAUCUACUAAAUUAUCUGAAAAUAGUUGGACUAACAGGGAGCCUAUCAUGUGGACAAGAGGUGAGGUGCUUGGAAAAGGAGCCUAUGGCACGGUGUACUGUGGUCUGACAAGCCAGGGUCAGUUAAUAGCUGUGAAGCAGGUUGUUUUGGAUACGUCAGAUCAACUGACUACAGAAAAAGAGUAUCAGAAGUUGCAAGAGGAGGUGGAUCUUUUGAAGACAUUGAAGCACAUCAACAUUGUAACUUACUUAGGAACUUGUCUGGAAGACAGCACUGUCAGCAUUUUCAUGGAGUUCGUUCCUGGAGGCUCAAUUUCUAGCAUUAUUAAUCGUUUCGGUCCUUUGCCAGAAACUGUCCUUUGUAAAUAUACCAAGCAGAUUCUUCAAGGGGUCGCCUACUUGCACAGCAACUGUGUGGUGCACAGGGAUAUCAAGGGCAACAACGUGAUGCUCAUGCCCAAUGGGGUAGUGAAGCUCAUUGACUUCGGCUGCGCCCGGCGUUUGGCUUGGGCUGGCCUCAGCGGCACCCACAGUGACCUCCUGAAGUCGGUGCACGGCACUCCCUACUGGAUGGCCCCAGAAGUUAUUAGCGAGUCCGGAUAUGGGAGAAAAUCAGACAUCUGGAGCGUGGGCUGCACCGUGUUCGAGAUGGCCACGGGCAAACCGCCGCUGGCCUCCAUGGACAGGAUCGCAGCCAUGUUCUACAUCGGGGCGCACAGAGGGCUGAUGCCGCCCCUGCCCGAUCGCUUCUCCAGCACCGCCGCGGAUUUCGUGCACGUGUGUCUCACCAGAGAUCAACAUGAACGCCCUUCUGCUCUGCAGUUGCUGGAACAUCCCUUUGUGAAAGGAGGAGAGUGACUUUGUCAAAACUGUUGCCAAAUGAGUCUGUAUUUCCCAUAUAAACCCUGCUUCCACUUGUCAAAAAAUCAAAUGGAACUGGACUGAAAGGUGACAGCAUAACUUACUGGAGAUCAGGUGUGGAUGAGAUGUCUAGUGUUGGACAGCAGUAUGAGAGAACAAACUUUGUAUUUCAAUGAAAUAGAGGCUCAUCCAGGUGGGCAGUCCCCGUGUAGAAACUUAAAUGUGU